UGCAAGUCUCCUGCGCAGCCGUCAAUUGUAUCGCAAGAACUCGAUGUGGUCGUAGUUCAGUGGCGCGGGAGUCGCACUGCGAAAUGGUUGUGUCGUGGUACGCCGUGGUCGCGCUCGCCGCCACAGCGCUCGGGGCCACUAUUGGACCUUCAGAGAAUCAGAUUUUGGAGAAGUCACAUUGCGGCAGAGUAUGGGUGACUGUUCACUCGCCUGAGGUACGCAUGAACGCAGGCGUGACUCUUUUGGAUGCCGUGGAACUCAACUGGGACUUCAACGGCUGCUUCUCUUUACCUAAACAAAUUGGUCUGUUUGAUGAGAGACCACAAACAUGGCUCAGCGCGCUAUCAGUGUAUCCCGUGUCGUCUAUGGAAGGCCAUGUGGUGACCAACAUGUCUCUUGGUCACGGAACCCUACCGGCGGGCUGGGAUGCAGGCGCGGGCUCUAAAGGGCCCCACUGUCUCUGGCCGUGGGCGGGAGCCGGAGACUUACAUGAAAUACAAACUUACAAUUGUUUGAAAAUACAGCCUACGUGGAUGGAAGACCUCGGGUCCAAAAUUAACAACCUCCGCAUCGGUGAACUAGCGAUCGCAGGCACGCACAACGCAGGAGCCUGGAAGUUCAACACAGAGAUCAGUUCCGUGUCGAGGGAUAGCUUCGUGUUGUGUCAGGAUCGAUCCAUCUGGGGACAACUUGUCCACGGCAUCAGAUACUUCGACUUCAGAAUUGCUUACUACGAAUUCUACCAAAAUGAGGAAGACAGAUACUGGCUGAAUCAUAACUUAAUUAGAGUCCGUCCAUUAGUUCCACUUCUUAAAGAAAUAAGAAAAUUCCUUGACGUUACUAAGGAGGUCGUAUUCUUGGAUGCCCAUCACUUUCCCGUUGGUUUUUACCAACCGGACGGGGCACCUAUUUGGAGUGUCCACGCAGGACUUCUCGAAAUAGUGCAGAGAGAACUGGGCCCCCACUUGGCCCCCGCCAACGAGUUUGGGACUGGUGUGGGCACCAGGGGCCCCACAUUGCAGACGCUGAUCAACGCCAACAAGCGUCUAUUGUUCAGCUAUGUUGAUAACUCCAUAGUAUUACAAAACUCCUGGCUGUGGCCCAUUCUUCCUCACCUGUGGGCCAACACGAACAGUCCGACGGUGCUGCUGCAGUACUUAGACGGUGCCAUCGCCGCGUCGCCGCAGCCCACGGCGCGCUCGCCGCUGUUCUCGGCGAUGGCGCAGACCACGCCAACCGUACUAGACAUACUCUUCCUCCGAGGAUCCCUGCGAGAAAACGCUGACGAAGUCAACCGUAACGUCACCGCACGACUCGCAUCACGCUGGAGGACUCGAGCCAAUAUCGUUUCUACCGACUUCUUCUUAGGAAAUGACGUAGUUGACUUAUCCAUAAUGAUCAGUGUAGAACGUGCCUCACGUUUAUGACGGCACCAAAGACGAUUUCGAAGUGGUGGACUCCACGUGAACGUGUCGCGACGCGGGCGCGCCGGCGUCUCGGGCCGCCGUCCGUGGCUGCCGCGCGGUCGAAACCGCUCGGAACCGCCGCGACCCCUAUACUUACCCAAUCAAUUCAUCUAGUUACCUGCUGAUCGCGAAUAUCCGCCUCAUCACUGCCAUACACAAAGCGGCCAGUGGACAAGUAGUGAGAUAUUUUUAGAUAUUUUAUUUGUAGAUGAACCCAUACUAGUCUGUCGGUCCUUUAAAAGGACUGGUGGGUAUUAAUUUGUACAUAAAAUACAUGUGUGCCAAAGA